AUGUUCAUCUCCGUACUUGGGGAGAGUGGUGUCGGGAAGAGGACCCUUGUAAUGAUGAUCGUCCAAGAAGUGGCUUCUAUGUUCGACGUUUUCUUUGGGCUCCCCCUGCCAGCGGAUUCCACCGUGGAUUUUGUCCUCGAACAAAUCUACGAGGGACUAUGCGUCAAUAAUCAGCCAAAGGAAGGCAUUAAUGACAUCAGUGAACAGGUCCGACGCCUCCUGGCGGGGAAGAGGUAUCUGGUGAUUAUCGGUGGCAUACCCUCCAAAACCAUGCUCAGCUGCGUGAGGGCAAGCCUGCCUGAUGACAAUAAUGGAAGCCGGGUGCUGCUCGUAUUGGACACUGAGUACGAAGAAGUUGCAUGGCAUGCUAAUUCCAUGAACAACCAAGAGGGCUUCAACGGGAUCCACAUGUUGAGCCGUUUGGAUGAAAAAGGAAGCGGACAGUUGUUCCGUUCGAGGGCCUUCAGGAGAGAAAUAGUAUGUAAUGAUGGAUCAAAGGAAGACAGCAUGAUGAUGACCAACAACAGGGACGACAGGUAUCACAAAAUUGUGUAUGAUAUAACUGGGGGAGAGCCCGGACAGUGGGAAGCAGUGCUACAACAACUUAGGCCUGGACCAAGGAUGGAAGAAGCACUACUAGUACAAGGCGGCGACGGUGAAGGCAACAAGCUGAAAACUGAAGAAGCUGUACAAUCCACAAGUCAUGCUAACCUUGUGUCCGCAAGAACAACAGCGAUUGAGAGGGUCUUCUGGGCAAGCUUUGAAGACCUUCCCAACGACCUCAAGUCAUGCUUCCUCUACUUUGCUGCUAGCCCAAAGAAUACCUUCUGGACUGCCAAUGAAGCCGUGCAGGCGUGGAUAGCCGAGGGAUUCAUCAAGCCACAGAAGGGCAAGACUAUGGAGGAGCUGGGUCGUAGCUACCUCAUGGAGCUGGUCUUGCGGUGCCUUGUUCAGAUUCAUAAGAUGAAUGCCGCUGGUGGUAUUGAGGGGGUCAAGGUUCACCCAAGGCUCCAUGGGUUCCUGCAGUCAGAGGCUCGUGAGGCUGGCUUCAUGGAGGUUCACGACAUGCAUCAUGUCUUUGUUCCACCGUCGGUGCGCCGCCUCUCUUUCAUGAGUCUGGGCGGCAGAUAUAUCCCAUUCACCAACAAGUUUCCUAAGUUGCGUCCUUUCAUAUGCUGGGUUGACAAGGAGCAACAGCAUCAGAGCAACGACAGCCAAGACACGAACAGCAAGAAGCAUGGGCAUGAUCUCAAGUUUCUGUGUGGGUCCAAGUUCCUUCGCGUAAUCAAAGUACAAGGACUAAUGAUUGAGAAGCUGCCAAAUAAGAUCGGUGAAAUGAUCCACUUGCGUCACUUAGGUGUUGAGUGCAAGGACCUCAAGGAGCUCCCGUCCAGCAUUAAGAAGCUGCUCAACCUGCAGACACUGAACAUACAGGAAACUCAAGUGGAGAUGAUUGACCCAGGCUUCUGGAAAAUAAGGACACUCCGGCAUGUGCUUGCAGAGAAGCUCACCCUUCCAGAAACCAUCGAGGAGGAACUGGGCGAGCUGCAGACUCUAUCUGGCGUAAAGCCUGCCCAAGGAGGAGAAUGGAAGGGACAGAAAUGUGCACUGCACAAGAUGCCCAAUCUCCGGACACUGAAGCUGCAUGGAAAAGCACAUGAAAAACAUGGGCCAGCACUGAAGAGUGCUCUCAUGAAGAUGCAUCUCCUUGCUGACUUGAGUCUGCAAGGUGAUGUGAUUCCUUCAAGCGUCUUCACCGCACCGAGCCUUCGAUUCUUUCAGACGGUAGAGCUGGAUGGCAAUGUGGAAUGGCCUGAGGACGGGUGGGAUGGUAGCAAGGUCCGACCAAACCUCGUUUAUUUCAAUCUAAGAAGAAAUACAAAUAAGAUGCCCCAGCACAUCCGGGAGGAAUUCGAUAAGAUUAUUCCUAAACAUAAAGCUGGCUUUAGACGUGUCCAAGAGAUACUAGUCAGCGUCAUGGGUGAAGGAAUUAAAGGUGCAACACUUCCACUGUCCCUUAUAUUGCGCGCUUCAUGCUCGUGUCCUAUACAGGUUGGUAAUAACCAAAGGCCCAACUACGAGGACGCCGAGCCCGGGCACCGACCCUACGCGAUGGCCGGCGGCGGCACCACGAUCUGCGUGUCCACCGCCACGACGACCUACUCCUUCGACACGCUGAAAAGCGAGUGGAACAAGUACGGCGACUGGGUGCUGCCAUUCUCGGGCAAAGCCGAGCACGUCCCCGAGCUCGGCCUCUGGUUUGCCAUGUCUCGCACCAGCCUGUCCCGCAGCGGCCUGUACGCCCUGGACCUGGACCUCUCCACCGCCGGUGCCGGUGACGACGCCAGCUGCCAACCGCCGGCGUUGUAUGACAUCGGGGUUGAUCUUGAGCUGCGGGACGACUUGUUCCUGUUCGGUCAUGCCGUCGCGAGCCUGGGCUCCGGAAGGCUCUGCGUCGCAAGGUACUUCCUUAUUAUGAAACGGGAACACGCGUUCGACAAUCCGAUCGGCGUAUUCACCGGCGUGGAGGUGGUUCCCGGCGACGACGGCCGUCUCCGGGUGAUCACGCACAAGUCGGAACGUUUCGACGAGGAAUUUAAUUCUGAACCAGAGAAACUGGUAAAGCCAGGAGCACUGCCGUUUAAGAGAGGAUAG